GACUCGCUCACCAUAUAUCACCGCGAAGCUGAAUAAUCCGGACUCGAGGGCUCUUAGGUCGAAGGUAUGGCACUGUGCAGUGCGCAUGCGCCAGACUUAUCUGCAUUUUCCUGACGGCUCUGCUAUAUGCUAAAUUCGUAUUACAACUUCCGUGAUAGUUUUUGCUGUGAUAUUUUCAGUUUAUUUUGGAUUAAAUUGUAUCGCAAGGCCUCUAAAUGCUUCCUCGCAGGGCAGGAUUUGGAUAAUUGUUCUCCGAACGUCUGCAAAGACCACUGAUCGGGCCUGAGUGCCGGAGAAGGCCAAAAAUGGUCUUCUUCAACGGUUCAGUGAAAAUUAAGAUCUGCGAGGCGGUGGAUCUAAAACCCACUGACUUCUCGAUGCGGCUGCAGAUGGGUUCCACGAAAGAAAGAGCCUCGCAGAUGAUCGAACCAUACGUGAAUAUAGAUGUAGAUGAAGUGUAUGUGGCCAAGACCACUACCAAACCUAAAAGUGUCAAACCGCAAUGGGUUUGGAACGAGGAUUUUACAUCGGAAGUUCACAACGGACAAAAUGUGAAUUUAACAGUGUUUCACGACGCUGCCAUUCCCCCGGAUGAAUUUGUAGCAAAUUGUACGAUUGCUUUUGAAGAAGUAAAAGGAAAAUCCGAUUUUUGGGUAAUUAAAAACAAAAUGUUUUAUCAUUAGGAUUCUUUUGUCUCCUCGAAUUCGAUCGGUAUUACCUCGAAUCCGAAGAACGGUAGCCAUUUUUCUCUCUCGUCUCGCCUCGGAAUCAGGGCGCUUCAUCCGGACAUUUUCCGAAAAUCAUGCUCUUUUAACAUUGAAUUAUAAUUUUCUGUAUUUAUUUCGCUCUGUCAUAUAAAGCAUUCAAUGUUUAUUUCAUCGCGCAGAAUUGUUACGUAAUUUUUGUUAAUCGUUGAUUAGGGAAUCCGUAGGUUUCCUAAUUGUUUAUUGUGUCUGUUUUAGGUCGACUUGGAACCUAAUGGAAAACUCCACAUUGUUAUUGAGUUAUGCGGCUCCGCAACGGAAGGUAAGAAAAGAUUUAUUUUUUAAAGCAAUUUGCUUUCUUAGCAUAUUAUAUUCUAUUCUUAUUUUUUAAUAAUAUAAAGCCGAUAUUAUUCUCGCGUCAUUACAUUAUUUAAUCCUUGUUGUUGGGUUAUCAUUAAAAAAAAAAAAGGAGGAGACAUUAUUGUCAUUCGAUUUCACACCGGGAGCAUAAUCGCUGUCUUCGGAGAUGGUCGGAACUGAAUGCCAGCAAUGACGUAGUCGCCAGUGAGUUGCUCCUGUAGUAGCGCUCAUCCAGGUUUAUGAUAAUGAGCAACUAAAUCGAAUGUCGGUUUCGGUUUUCUGACAUCGACCACGUCAUGCAUAUUAGUCAACAAAUUAUUUAGCAUAGGAAUAAGCAUGAUUAACUUUACUUUAAAUUGAGUGGGCCUACUGCCUACUACUACUGACUACUGUGCAUACAAAACAAUCGAUAGUGAUAGUAGACAGUAAUUGAUUGUAAAUGCAGAGCUAAACUCAAACUCAAACAAAAAAGUUCAAAACACAACACUAGGUCUUGGCCUAACAAUUUUUCCAAGAAACUGAAUAAUAAUUAAUAGCCAUAGGCUAUUGAUAAUCAUGCAUUAAAUAAUAAUAUAACUAUUGACAACCAAUUGACUAUCAGUUACUACUGAUAAUGAUAGCAAUGAUUUUAUUCUAACUUAGACCAACUUGACUACUUGUAUUUUUGUUUUAAACUUAGUUGGCUUCCAUUUCAAUCAAAAUGACAUUGUUAAAACAUGACAAAAACUAGGUUCAACUAUCACUAGUGUCAGUGUAGCACUUAGCAGGGUGUCAAGACGGGGAUAGGGGGGGGGGGGAUUUAGCUGCUUUCAAUCCGAGUUGGGGGGAUAGCAAUCACCCCUAUUUCACCGCCUUUGAAUUUCUCCAGGUAACUAAACUGAUAUUAUUAAGACGGGGAUAGGGGGGGGGGGAUUUAGCUGCUUUCAAUCAGAGUUGGGGGUAUAGCAAUCACCCCUAUUUCACAGCCUUUGAAUUUCUCCAGGUAACUAAACUGAUAUUAUUAUUGAUUGGAAAGGAAAAAAUACAAGUGUUAGAUAUUUUAUUUUUGGCUGGGGUGGGAGUGUGUUUGUUAGAAGAAAAAUGUUAAGAAGUCAGGAUUUGGCUAUGGAUUGAACUCCCAAACAAUAUUUUUGGAAUAACUAAUUUUUAGAAUGCACAGCCAUCCAACCACCCACAGUAAUUUGAAUUUUAAGAACUAAAACUGAAAUAAAAUUAUAGGCCGACUAAAAUCAUUUUUUGAACAAUAACUGGAUUUGAUAAUUUGAUUUCUGAAAAAUGUGAACACUUAUGAGUAAUUACUGUUUUUUAACAGUCACCAAUGUUCUAGCAGCUUUUUUUAACUUUUAAUUUUAAUAUUACUAAUAAUCAUAGUGAACUCUGUGGUCGAAUUAAAUAUCAAUACAAUGACCAACAUAAGUUACUGAGGUUUAGAUGGGGGUUUAGAUGCCCCUGGCAAUUAGCAACAUAAAUAGUAAUACUAUCUGUGAUAUAUUCUAUCUAGGCAAUUAUAAUGUUAAUUAAUAAUGCUAACUAACAACUACUGUUCCACUAAAAUUAGGGACCCAAGCAAAUGCCUCAAGAAAGGGCUACAAAAAUUAAAUUGUCUUCUUUACAAUCAGUGGGCCUACAUUCUAAGACAGGGGUGGCCAAACUCCACGUCAAACAUUGUGGCCUGCUGAUGCCUGUUUUAUCACAAAUAAAUUUAUUCUUCUUCGCUCUUCAUUCAACGGAUAUUUGAUUUGAAAAAAUUAAGUGAGAGAAAAGAAAAAAUGGUGUCACAUUUGUUGAGUUUUAUUUUGGUUUUUUAUUUAGCAUUUCAUUUUUGCAGCCAUUAGCGGGUGUUUAUUUUAAUAUGAGGUGUAAUGGCAUGCGGCCCGCUAACAGUAACUCGUUAUCAAAGCGGCCAGCGAACAGUAACUCAUUUCAAAGCGGCCAGCGAAGCCCUUUGGGUUGGCCACCCCUGUUCUGGGACAUACUCGUAUUUAUAAUUAAUUAUAAAAUUAUUCUAGUCAGGGCUUGAUGAAAUACAUUUGUCCUUUUUAAAAAAAUUAAAGUAUUUUAAGCUAAGUCUAUAAAAAAUGGUAAUCUAGUAAGGUCAAUCAAGUAUAAACAAUGCUUUAUGACUAUAUAAGUAUUGAAUAUCUAUUCUGAAAGUGACACUGAUAUGGUCUAAAAAGUAAGAAUUAUUUUCUUAAAUCAAUAUGGGGAUAUUUAUUAAAAGAAUAUAAAAUUGAAAUACUCUUUAAAAAAACUUCCAUGAGGGUAAAAAGGGGUGGGGGGGGGGGCGUCUUCCACGCUUACUCUUAUGCAAACUACAUUCAUACAUAUGCUUAUAAAAUGCACAGAGAUUUCCAUAUAAUCUGGCCACUUCGGGACCAGGUCAUUUUUUUCCCUAGUUGUGGCACAUCCAAAUUAUGGUUCAUGAAAAUUACAAAAAUUAAACCUUAGCAAAUAAAAAAAACAUUUCAGUCUAUUAAUAAAAUAAUUGUGUACUGAAACACAUGAUACGGUGGAAUGUAACUUAUAUUAGCCAUUUAUUAAGUGUAGUCUGCCACUGUCACUUGCAUGACUGCCACUGUCACUUGCAUGACUGCCACCAGGAAAACAAUUUUCAUAAAGAUCACUUCUUUCCUGAACUCAGGCCACAAUCUAGGAAUGUUUUAAUUGCCACCUGCAAAUAAUUAUUUUGUCACUUUUGAGUUUUACAAAACAACAAUGUAUGCAAAUCUAUGCAUACAAACAUUGUCUGUUACUUACUUUUCAAACACAACAAUGUAUAACAUUGUUUUUUACUACUUGUCUCACAAAUUAUUUGCAAUGUUUUAGAUUGUUUAAGUAAAUUUAAGAUGGCUCUACUUGUAAAAAAGGGGUUGUGUCAUUUAAUGUACAAAGAGCAAAUAUCAUUAAAACAACCCAUGCUGAAAAGAUGUAGAGGGUGCAAUAUAGAGAGACAAGGCAUUGACAUGGUGACCUGUUGAGAUAUGGUUUAUCAUAUAUAUAUAUAUAAAAGUGAAAGUUUGUUUGCUUGUGGAUUUGUUCCACAUACGUUUUUACAUGGAUUGAUGGAUCGUGAACAAAUUUGGCACAUAUAUCCAUAAGUAUCCGGAAGGAACUCUUAAGGGGGUUUUGAACUUUUUAUAACAUUCCGUUUGGGGCCAGGGGCCCAAAAUUCGUUUUUUUUCGUUAUAUGAGCUAUAUAAAUAAAAUUAACAACAAAUACUCCUACAUGAGUGGAUGGAUCUUGACCAAACUUAGUACACAUACACUUUAUUAUCCAUAUUAAAACACCGAGGGGUACUGAACUCAUGAUAUCAAUUCCUCUGGGGCCGGGGCCCCAUUUCAUUUUUUCUUAUAUAAGCCAUACAAAUAUCAAUAGGCUUAGAGAACACAAUAGUUUCUAUGUGAAUUGAUGGAUAUAGGCCAGGUUAAAAUUGGAAAAGAGGUGAAACAGGAUCCCAUAGAGAAUGGAUGUCCUAAUGGGGUCGGUAGCCCUUGUUUGACAUGAGAUCAUGCCUCAUGGUUGUUUGACAUGAGAUCAUGCCUCAUGGUUGUUUGACAUGAGAUCAUGCCUCAUGGUUGUUUGACAUGAGAUCAUGCCUCAUGGUUGUUUGACACAGAGAUCAUGCCUCAUGGUUGUUUGACAUAGAGAUCAUGCCUCAUGGUUGUUUGACAUAGAGAUCAUUCCUCAUGGUUGUUUGACAUAGAGAUCAUGCCUCAUGGUUGUUUGACAUAGAGAUCAUGCCUCAUGGUUGUUUGACAAAGAGAUCAUUCCUCAUGGUUGUUUGACAUAGAGAUCAUUCCUCAUGGUUGUUUGACAUAGAGAUCAUUCCUCAUGGUUGUUUGACAUAGAGAUCAUGCCUCAUGGUUGUUUGACAUAGAGAUCAUUCCUCAUGGUUGUUUGACAUAGAGAUCAUGCCUCAUGGUUGUUUGACAUAGAGAUCAUGCCUCAUGGUUGUUUGACAGUUGUUUGACAUAGAGAUCAUGCCUCAUGGUUGUUUGACAUAGAGAUCAUUCCUCAUGGUUGUUUGACAUAGAGAUCAUGCCUCAUGGUUGUUUGACAUAGAGAUCAUGCCUCAUGGUUGUUUGACAUAGAGAUCAUUCCUCAUGGUUGUUUGACAUAGAGAUCAUGCCUCAUGGUUGUUUGACAUAGAGAUCAUUCCUCAUGGUUGUUUAACAUAGAGAUCAUGCCUCAUGGUUGUUUGACAUAGAGAUCAUGCCUCAUGGUUGUUUGUCAUGAGAUGAUGCCUCAUGGUUGUUUGACAUAGAGAUCAUUCCUCAUGGUUGUUUGACAUAGCGAUCAUGCCUCAUGGUUGUUUGACAUAGAGUCGUAGUGACAUGACAGUCAUAGAAUUACAUUUGAGUUGUUUUUUGUUCUUAACAUCAAUAAGUUAAUUUUAAAUGUAUUAGUAACAAAAGUAUUAUUGUUUGUAAAAAUUGUGAAUAUUUAAAAUAUUUGUAAGUACAUUUUAUUUGAGUGAGUUGGCAACCCUGGCUGGAUUGUGAUAAAGCUGAGCUAUGUUAAAGACACACUUUUUUAAAAAAUAAACACUAUUUAUAGCCUUGAAGAAAGACUUUGAUCAAAAGACAAUAGAAAUUAAAAUUAAAGCCCUAAAAAACAAAGUUUUACUUAUAAAUCCUUCAUGUGCACUUUUGUUGGCAUGUGUCUAAUUGUACGUCAUUGAUCAUUUAUUAAGAAGCAGUCAUGUUAUUGGGUAAACUUUUGUUGAAAACAAGUUCAUAUUUCCUUUAUUUUUCCCUUAAAAAUAAAAAAUACAUUUUAUUAUACUAAAUACCCAAAAAUGUCACAAAUAAAAAAACAAUUAGCAACAGCUACAAAAUUAAUCUCCACAACAAAAUACGCAACCAUUGAACAAAUCAUAUAUCAUUCAUCUUCCCCUUAGAAAAACAUGAAAAAAACGGUUUUUGGGGGUGGGGCUCAAAAUUUAAUAGAAUGUGUUAUCAUCGGCAAGGAGUCUAUGGGCCAAGUUUCAGCUCAGUAAGGUGACAGGAAGUGGGUCAAUUAGCCUUCCAAAAAUUUUGCCACAAACCCAGAAAGAAACACACACACACACACAUACACAAAAGCAAAGUUAUUAUAAAGGGUUUGUUUCUGCCACAUGCCUUUUAUCUGUAAAACAAAAACAAAAUUUGCAUGAAUUUAAAUUACAUUUAACUUAAUGCAUACCAACCAUACACUUAGAAAAAGUAGCAAUGGAUAAAAAGAAAAAGAACAUUUUAAGUGGCACACAAGGGCAGAAUUAAAUUUAAUAGUUUUUAAAAAAUAUGGUUUUUAUAUAAUAAAGAAUAGUAUAUAAAUAAUAUUUUUUUUAACAAUAGAAAUAAAAUAAAGAAUGGAAUGCAAUAAAAUAAAAUUUUAAACUAGAAUAUAUGACUCGAUUUUACUGGGAUAAUAAUGGUAGGCAUCUUGCAGUAUUUUAUACCUGCUAUAGCGAAGUCUCAACAUCUAAAAAUCAAAUUUUUACAUAUAUAAUUGAGAGGGGGGGGGGUUUAUAUCCUUUAAAAAAAAAAGACAAAGUACGACAAUAUUCUACGCCCUUGAAAUGUAUAAAUAGAAAUAAUUAAUCAAAUUUCCCGUAUUUUUAAAAGAAGUAUAUAUGUAUUGAUUUUUACAAUUCUUACAUCAUUUAGUUUUUAGAAAUAAUUAUCUGCUAUUAUAUAGGCUUCCCCAACGCUUUUUGGGCCCCUGAACAACAAAUAAAUUGUAAAAAUUCUAAAAAUCAUGUCCUUAUAUUAACAUUAAAAUGUAAAGACCAUUUUAAAUAUCUUAAAUAUUAACGUAACUUGAUUUGUUGGUAAUCUUCAUUUAAAAUUCAACCAAACUUUUGCCUCAAUUGUACUAUUUUUCUGUCAGAAAAUACACUCCUCCAUUUUUACGUGUAUGUUGUGCUGCCUGGGGAAAAAAUUUUAUGAAUCCAUCAAUGGGAUAUAACUCCCAACGUAGGCAAUGGCACAUUUUUUGCAUGCCCCUGAAUUAUAUUAAUAAUAUAAUGUUCCUCACCUUUUUACCACAAUUUGUUUUGGUGUUUUUUUUUUUAUAUAGUUCAAUGCAUUCUGGAUGUUUGGAUAUUUGGAUGUUUGGAUAUUAUGUUUUUUAUUUUAACAUUAAAAUCUAUACCAAAGUUCAAAUUUGUAACGAAAUUGUGUUUUGUGAGAUUGGCUUGGUAUCAAAAUGAAACAAUUUCAAUUUCAUAUGGUUUGUUCUUAUUUAUUUGAGGGAUAAGUGAGUUAGUGAGUGAUAUUUGGCAAUGACUUUGCAUUGCACUUAAAGACUUGAACGUCAUUUUCUUAUGCAAAAUUUGCAAAACCUAAACAUACGUUUUUUUUAAACAUAUAAAUUUGAUAACUGCAAACUUUUGGAAUAAAAAAUAAUUAAACUUCUUAAAUGUUAAAGAUACAAAGCUAAAUUUUGGUGUUGUGUAUUAACAAUUUAAAAAUCAAUCAGUUAUAAUUAUUAUGAAAAUGCAGGGGUGGGGGGAUAUUCUCAGUUUUGUGACAAAUGGUGCAAUUAAUGGAAAAUUAAAGCUUGGUAUUUGCGGAUCUAAAUUAAUUCCUUAUAAGAUUAUGUAUUCUAAUUUUUUCAUUGUGUUCAAACGAAAAUAUUAAUUUAUCGUUCUAAUAAUUUUGUCAAUUAACAUCAAUUUACAUUUAAUUUUGCAAUAUUAACAAUGCAACAAUAAACAACAGAUUCUCAGGUUUUCCAGAUAAAUGUGAUUGCAAAUUAAUAAAAGUAAUGCAUAGAUGAAUAUUUAUUGAUAAUAAAAAGAAUAUCUACACUCUUACAUUCUGAUAAAAAUAUUCUAAAUAGUUUUUUAAUUGUUAAAUUAAAUGUAUUUCUAAUUUAUAAAAAUAAUAUUUAAACACCACAUACUUAAAUAUAAGCCCAUAUUUUUAAUGCAUUUAAAUUGAUUUGAUUUUCGUAAAAAUUUGAAAAUCCCUAUCAUUGCUUUUUAAACAUCAGAGAGCAUCUACAUUGAUUUGUUUUGUUAGUGUUACAUGAUCACUUAAGCUCCUUUUCAUAGAUCUGGGAUGAUGUCUCAUGAUUGUAUAAUAUACUUAUAUCUGGGAUGAUGUCUCAUGAUUGUAUAAUAUACAUAUAUCUGGGAUGAUGUCUCAUGAUUGUAUAAUAUACAUAUAUCUGGGAUGAUGUCUCAUGAUUGUAUAGUAUACAUACAUCUGGGAUGAUGUCUCAUGAUUGUAUAAUAUACAUAUAUCUGGGAUGAUGUCUCAUGAUUGUAUAAUAUACAUACAUCUGGGAUGAUGUCUCAUGAUUGUAUAAUAUACAUAUAUCUGGGAUGAUGUCUCAUGAUUGUAUAAUAUACAUAUAUCUGGGAUGAUGUCUCAUGAUUGUAUAAUAGAGAGUCAUAAAAACAAGUCAUUAACUUACAUUUUAAUUUUAAAAAACGAAAAACAAAAAAAUAAUUUUAAUUUUCUUAUAAUAAUUGCUUUUAGAAAAAAUUGUAUUACCUUUUCGUUACACUUAUGUUUUUGCAUUUAAAUAAACAUUUUUUUUUUCAAUCCUAUAAGCUCCUUAACUUAUUUACCUAUAGUUGUUUAUGAAUAUGAAUAUUUCAGCGGCCGAGUCCACACCUAAAGAAAAAGUGUUCAAAGAAAAAGAAGGCAUGCUUAACCGGCGGCGCGGUGCCAUGCGAAGGCGUGUGCACCAGGUCAACGGACACAAGUUCAUGGCCAUGUUUUUCAGACAACCUACGUUCUGCUCACUCUGUCGGGACUUUAUAUGGUAAGGGAAUUUUUUUAUUGUUGAUUUUUCUAAACUUUAUUUUCAUGUCAUGAAAAUUAUUUACAGAAUAAUUAACAUUUGAGUGAGUGAAUAGUGAGUGAGUGAAUGAGUAGUGAGUGAGGAGUGAGUAGUGAGUGAAUGAGUAGUGAGUGAGGAGUGAGUGAGUCUAGUAGAACUAAACAAAAUUCCAUUUAAAAUCAUGGUUAUUUUCAUUUAAUUACUUUGGAUUAUGAUUAUUUUUUUUUAAAUGACUAAAAUCAUGAUUGAUUCAGUCGAAUAAUUGAAAUAUGAUUCCUUAUUUUUAGGGGUCUUGGCAAACAGGGAUACCAGUGUCAAGGUUAGUAAACCUUUACCUACUUUCAACCAUUGAGAAAUAAUUCAGUUUUAAUACCUUAUGUGUAAUGUGCAUGAUUAAAAUACAUAUAAUAUUUAAAAUCAGUGACCUAAAUUGAAAUAGUACUUUUAUUAGAAACCUUUGCACCUCUAGGUUAAGCUCUAGUGGUUUGAGACUGUUUACCUCUAGGUUAAGCUAAAGUGGUUUGAGACUGUUUACCUCCAGGUUAAGCUAAAGUGGUUUGAGACUGUUUACCUCCAGGUUAAGCUAAAGUGGUUUGAGACUGUUUACCUCUAGGUUAAGCUAAAGUGGCUUGAGACUGUUUACCUCCAGGUUAAGCUAAAGUGGUUUGAGACUGUUUACCACUAGGUUAAGCUAAAGUGGUUUGAGACUGUUUACCUCCACGUUAAGCUAAAGUGGUUGAGACUGUUUACCUCCAGGUUAAGCUAAAGUGGUUUGAGACUGUUUACCUCCACGUUAAGCUAAAGUGGUUUGAGACUGUUUACCUCCAGGUUAAGCUAAAGUGGUUUGAGAUUGUUUUUAACAACAUUGUUAACAAUGACGUGACCUUGACCCUUUCCAACAGUAUGCACAUGUGUGGUCCACAAAAGAUGUCAUCAGCACAUAGUCACAAAAUGUCCAGGCUCAAGGGAUGUCUCUAAUGAUGAGGUGAGUCCAUCUAUUCUUAUAAAAACAUCGUUGCCAUUGGUCUCAUAAGAGUUUGUCAUCCUGGAAGCUUCAAUAAAAGCUUUUUGGCACAAGCCCUGAUACACAGGAGCAAGCAUUAAAAAAAUCACCCUCUUGGUCGUUUUAAGUACACAAACAUUCAAUGCAGAAAAAGGCCAACUGGGGCAGUUGCUGGCAAGCCAGAAAAGCCCAUACUACCAAGGUUCCUGGGUUUUCCUGUUCUGCCUGUUCUUUAUGUCCAAUGCUAUGAAUUGCCUCAUCUACGCACCUGCACAUGAAACCAGGCCAACCAACCCUCUAAUGGCUAGAAUGGUCCUGGUUGAUAACUAGAAUGGUCCUGUUUGAUGACUAGAAUGGUCCUGGUUGAUGACUUGAAUGGUCCUGGUUGAUGACUUGAAUGGUCCUGGUUGAUGGCUAGAAUGGUCCUGGUUGAUGACUUGAAUGGUCCUGGUUGAUGGCUAGAAUGGUCCUGGUUGAAGACUUGAAUAGUCCUGGUUGAUGGCUAGAAUGGUCCUGGUUGAAGACUUGAAUGGUCCUGGUUGAAGACUUGAAUGGUCCUGGUUGAUGACUUGAAUUGUCCUGGUUGAUGGCUAGAAUGGUCCUGGUUGAAGACUAGAAUGGUCCUGGUUGAUGACUUGAAUGGUCCUGGUUGAUGGCUAGAAUGGUCCUGGUUGAAGACUUGAAUGGUCCUGGUUGAUGACUUGAAUGGUCCUGGUUGAUGGCUAGAAUGGACCUUGUUGAUGACUUGAAUGGUCCUGGUUGAUGGCUAGAGUGUUUCUGGUUGAUGAGUCAAUGAACAUACAAUUGUGAUAUUUGACCCUUCAGCAUUUUGGGUAAUUUUAUGUCAAAUCAUUUCUCUGUUAUCUAUUGUUGAAUUAUGCAAUUAUUGUUUAUUGGACAGCUACCUUUAAACAAUUAAUUUCUUGUGUAUCUGCAGGUGACAGGAACACGGUUCAACAUUAAUGUCCCCCACAGAUUUAACGUGCACAAUUACAGGAGGCCAACAUUCUGUGAUCAUUGUGGCUCACUCUUGUACGGACUGGUCAGACAAGGAUUGCAAUGCGAUGGUUAGUUAAACAUUGUCUGUUAUUAUUUUAAUGAUAUAUUUGUACAUGGACACCCAUUGGCAUCAGCUGUCACAUUGACACCCAUUGGCAUCAGAUGUCACAUUGACACCCAUUGGCAUCAGCUGUCACAUUGAUACCUAUUGGCAUCAGCUGUAUUUUAGCAUGUACUGAAAAUAAUAAAUCACAUGAAUUUCUUUCAAAUGUUUAACAAAUCUUUAUUUAUUUAUAGCCAUACAUUGGCCAAGACCUUUUUAUAUUACUUCAUUCCUGAUAUGGAUCAAGUUUAAAGUGUUACGUACACACUGAUAGGGAUCAAGUUUAAAGUGUUACGUACACACUGAUAGGGAUCAAGUUUAAAGUGUUACGUACACACUGAUAGGGAUCAAGUUUAAAGUGUUACGUACACACUGAUAGGGAUCAAGUUUAAAGUGUUACGUACACACUNUUUAAAGUUUUACUUUUAAAGUAUUUUUUUUUUUUUCUUUUUUUUUUUUUUACAUGUUAAAAAAAUUAUUCUGUACAAAUGUUGUGAAAAUUGUCUACUCUACACAACAGAAAAUAAAACUUAUUUCUUCCAGCUAUCAAAUUACUUCUGGCUGGUGGAAAUAAAACUUAAUUCUUCCAGCUAUCAGAUUUGUUCUGGCCUGUGGAAAUAAAACUUAAUUCUUCCCGUUCUCAGAUUUGUUUUCGCUGGUGGAAAUAAAACUUAAUUCUUCCAGCUAUCAGAUUUUUUCUGGCCUGUGAAAAUAAAACUUAAUUCUUCCAGCUAUCAGAUUUGUUCUGGCCUGUGGAAAUAAAACUUAAUUUUUCCAGCUAUCAGAUUUGUUCUGGCUUGUGGAAAUAAAACUUAAUUCUUCCAGCUAUCAGAUUUGUUCUGGCCUGUGGAAAUAAAACUUAAUUCUUCCAGCUAUCAGAUUUGUUCUGGCUUGUGGAAAUAAAACUUAAUUUUUCCAGCUCUCAGAUUUGUUCUGGCUUGUGGAAAUAAAACUUAAUUUUUCCAGCUCUCAGAUUUGUUUUCGCUGGUGGAAAUAAAACUUAAUUCUUCCAGCUAUCAGAUUUGUUCUGGCUUGUGGAAAUAAAACUUAAUUUUUCCAGCUCUCAGAUUUGUUCUGGCUUGUGGAAAUAAAUUUUGUUGUCUUUCACAAAAUGUAUAAUUUAAAGAAUAUUUUACUAAUUGACUUUCAGUAUGUAAGAUGAACAUCCACAAACGUUGUCAGAAAAAUGUGGCCAACAACUGUGGUACCAACACAAGGGAUAUGGCUCAGAUCUUAUCGGAGAUGGGCAUUUCGGGCGACAAGCUCCGGCCCAAACCCCCUAAAAAGGUUCGUUCUUUAUUAGGAAAAGAAAAUUUCAUUGAAAAAUUCUUUCUUUUUAAAUAUUAUACAGAAGUUAAUGAUUUCAAUAGUUGAUUUUAAGAUCACCAUCAACUGUUUAAUCACUAAUUUAGAUAACCAACCAUUUUUACAAAACUUUACUGAAACCAGAGAUAAUAAAAAUUAAUUUCUUUCAAUAAUUUUUGGCCAGUUGGAAAAAUUAAAGAUUAACCCAAUGUGCAUUGAAGCAAUAUUUAUGGUUAAUAUUUAUAUUUAAUAUUUUGUAAUUUCAGUUUGUGACUAUGAUAUUUGCAUACAAAAUUAUUUUACUCUCUUGUAAACCCAUGAGCUAAUAAUUGCCUAUUUCUUCUUUAAAAAAAAUAUAUUUUCAGAUGUCAAUAAGUGAGUCCCCAAAUAAAAAUACCCCCAUGCAUGAGAGAUCAUUUUCGUCCCCCAUACCUGUGAUACAAGGUGAGUGAGUGAUGGAGAGAAUGCAUGAUGCCCACCCUCAAGAAACUUGGUGAAAUUCUGCUUGGCUUGUUGUCACAUGGACCCAGUUUCAAGCACUGGUCAUCUUUUGUUAUGAUGAGGUGCACUGGAGCCACUGUUGCCUAAUGCUUGGACAUAUUGCAAUUUCCCCGAGACGCUAAUCGCUAGCAGGAUGCCUAAUGCUUCUAAUAGGUUGAAGACUUACUUAACAAAAAAGCCCCCCAAAAAAUAUAAAUAAUAAUGCUUUCUCAAUAUAAUCAACACAAUAACCACAAGUAUUCUUGGUGCCUACAUUUUUAACCACUUCCCUCAUUCAGUUAUUGGCACUUACAUUGAAAAGCUUCAACAUGUAUUCCUAAAUAUUCACGAAGUAUACUCACAUUGAAAAGCUUCAACGUGUAUUCCUAAAUAUUAACUUUUUAGAUUCUAUAAUCUAUAAUUAAACGUACUGCGUAUCAAACUUAAUGCCUAUAGUAAUUUUAAAAUAUAGGCCCUGUCCUGUCUACGGUCAAACAUCUUUUCUGUUUGUUAGUCUUAAUUUGAAAUUGUUGACACAAUUCAACAAUUGUAUAUGAUAAUCCUUGACAUGCGGAACUAUUAUGAAACAGGGAUUACUUAAAUUAUUUAUUUAACCUUUCAGUCACUUUAAGAAUGAAAUUGAGAAGCACAAGUUGAGAAUCAUUCGGGACAGGAGCCAAAUCUUGCAGUUUUUAUUAAUAGAAUUUAAUGGUAUCUCAAACCUUUCAUCUUAAAAAAAGAAUAAUUCAUUGAGUCCUGCUGUUUUGUACAUUGGUAAGAAUUAUCUUUCAUCAACUGUUCAAUCUUUGCCGAGCUUUCCUUUUAAAACAGUAUGUACAAAAGGUUUUUAAAACAUUAAAAAUCCUGGCAUGUCUGUGUCAACCUUAUUACAAAAAUGGCCAAAAAAAACCCCACCCUCACACACUUGAAUUUCCUGGCUAUUCUUUGCUUACCCUACACAGUUAUCACUUUGUCCUUGCUGUGUCUCUGUCACAAUAGCCUUCCACUCACUGUGUUAGUUUGUCAACACAUUGUACACCAGGAGGUUUUUUUUUUUACAUUGGUCAAUAUUCAAGCAUAAACAGAUUCUUAUCAUGGUCGAUUUUACAGCUUUUUAAUUAUACAAAGUCUAACUAUCUGUUAAUUAGUUAAAAUGGAAGUGAAAUAAUGAACCUUUAAUAUAUUUCAUAAUGGGAUACAGAUUUUUAUAUUGGGUCCCCCCGUGAUUCUAAAUCAUGCUUAAUUAAACAAAGCAUUGAUAGCCUUGUUGAAAAUAGUUCAUCUUCAUAACAGAUCAGUUUCUUUCUUCUUUUGUUUGGUCAGUAUUGACUUGUUACAAUUUGCCCUAGGCAUCACUAAUGUGAUCAAAACAAUUCAGUGCAUAAUACAAGCUGGUACUUACCUUUCCUGAGACUAAAUAAAUACUUGUUUAAAAGCUGCACAAUUUCUACCCUGAUCCACAAUGGGCACCUACUACCUCAUAAAAGGUAAAUACAGUCAAGUUAUCCUUUUUUUGUAAGGCCCUUUAAAAAGGCCAGGUGUAAAAUUGCCAACCAUUAAUUCUGGCUUUAUCUACAAAGAAACACAAAUUGAUGAACUUUUGCCAAGAGUUUGUUGAAGCAAUUAGUUAAUUUUAGACUUGUACUUUCCUUGAAUUAGGGGCUUUGUAGAAUAACUUUUUUUGGAGUUGUUUUUACCCCCCCCCCCCCCCCUUUAAAGUUCCUUAACGACACUUGGAAUGCCAAGUUACUAAUCCUUUAAACAAGUGAGUGGUGAGGCAGUUUGAAGUGUGUGUGCGAGUGACCACCAGAUUUCCAAGAAACCCAUUAUCAUCAAGCUUAAAUAAGAAAUAUCAUAUGUUGGGACCGAUGAUCUGUUGGAUCAUGUUGGGAUUAGGAUCACGAGCUGUUGGUUUGAACUGUAUGAUAAAAGACACAAGUAUGUAAUGAUAUAUAUUCAUUUUAACACCCAUGUGUGUGCAUGAGAAGCCCCCUGUCUACAUUUAUUUUAUUUAUUUAUCUCAUUUACCAUUAUUUAUGUUUGUAAUUUGCCUUGUAUUUAAAUUUAACACCUUUUGAUGCCUCGAGGGCACCUUGUAUUGACAGUUUGUAUAGACAGCUUGUAUUGACAGUUUGUAUAGACAGCUUGUAUUGACAGUUUGUAUAGACAGCUUGUAUAGACAGCUUGUAUUGACAGGUUGUAUUGACAGUUUGUAUAGACAGCUUGUAUCGACAAUUUGUAGUAUCAGUGAAACAAUUACAGUAAGAUUUAAACAUUUAUUGUUUAGUACUUUAGUUGGCAGAAAAAAAAACAAGAUUCACUCAUUUCUUUUAAAUUAAAAAAAAAUUAAUUUCUAUGACAACCACAUAGUAUAAAUUAAGGACAACAUUUAAGCUGUCCUUUUCGUAAUAUCUGUGUUAUAAAAGUGAUGUUAAAAAAAUAUAUAAUUAAAUAUUUCAUGUUUAGCUUAGGUAAGAUAAACUGAUUUGAUAGAAUCUGUCCCGGCUGUUAAUGGUUUUAAUGAAGGAUGUAGAUAUAUUUUCAAACAUUAAAUUUUAGAUCCAGAUGAACCAAAUUCUGGAGAAGAAGGAGUUAUUGGCAAUACGAGUAACGAGCAUCCGGGUUCAAGGACACGUAGUCCUUCUGGGGACAGGUCUCGUUCUCACCAUAGCCGCAUCAGUCUAAAUGACUUUAACUUUAUCAAAGUUUUAGGAAAAGGCAGUUUUGGAAAGGUGAGAUUAUGUAUGCAUAUCUUGGAAAGGUGAGAUUAUGUAUGCAUAUCUAGAAUCUUUUAUUGUAUUUUUUUUUUGUAUCAAAUGGUUGAAAAGGUAGAUGUACUGUAAACAGAUUUAUAUUAAAUUUCUUGUUAUAUGUUUCUAGUAAUUGAUAACUAUCUGUAAAAUACAUUGGCUCAUAUUGAAUAAUGACAAACAUUUGCUGUGACACUAUUCUAGUAAAGUCAUCUUCUGAAAUCAGUCAUUUAUAACUACCAGCAAAGCUCCACAAUCUUUAUUAUAAAAUUUCAAGACAUCAUAUCCUUGAUGAAUGACAAUUCACUUUGUUAUAUUGUGGGUGGAACUCGUCCCUCUCCCCCAUAGACAGCGAUGAGGCCAUGACAGGCAAUUCAGGCUCAUACCAGCAAGAAGCCAGUAUAGGAGCUGCUCAUUCCUGCCCAAGACAAUCGGGGACUGGAACAAACUUUCAAAAGGAACGGUUGAGGCGACAACAAGCCUCAAGCCUUCAAACCCCUAGUGCAUGAUUCCCUCACGAAAUGGCACUGAAAAUCAAUGAAAUUUCCUCAUCAACACCAGGAACAGAAACAUUGCAAAUCCCAUCUGCAUGCAUAGGAGCCAAAAUGAUCAAUAAAUUGAUAGUGGGCCCUUAAGAUAUAGAAGCAGAAGAAGAUGAAUGACAAUUCAUUUUGUUAUAUUGUAGAUGGAUGAAUGACAAUUCAUUUUGUUAUAUUGCAGGUGGAUGAAUGACAAUUCAUUUUGUUAUAUUGCAGGUGGAUGAAUGACAAUUCAUUUUGUUAUAUUGCAGGUGAUGUUGGCAGAAAAAAAAGGUACAGAUGAGGUAUACGCUAUAAAAGUUUUAAAGAAGGAUGUAAUCAUACAGGACGAUGAUGUAGAAUGUACGAUGACAGAGAAGAGGAUACUUGCUCUUUCAGCUAAACACCCUUUCCUUACAGCGUUACACUCAUCUUUCCAAACAAAGGCAAGGCAUUCUUGUAGUCUUGUAAUGCAAGACAGUUUUUAAGUUUUCACUUUAAUGAUAAUACUAAAUCUGAUGUAUACGAUCAAAUGAGAUUCUUUAAUUGAUUUUAACAAAUUGAUUACAGAUUCAUUCAUAUAUUAUUUAUCUAAAAUUAAACUCAAACACAAACCGCUGAUCAUUGAUACAAUUUAAAAGGACAGACAACUCAGUUAUGAUAAAACUGGCUAAAAUGUUUCCCCAAAGUUUUGAUUUUUGUUAUUAGUUCUUAGCAUUAAGAAAUCUGUUGGUGAUUUUUUUUUUUUUUGCAAUGAAGAAAGUAAAUGAGAUAAUUUUCCUGUUUCUGAUCAUUAUGAAUUUAUAUUCAAUGAAUUUAUAUUCGAUCCACUAAAAAUGCUUAUCACCCAUUAUACCAAAUACUAAUUUCACUCAUUGUCAUUGGUCUGCAGGAACGAUUAUUUUUUGUUAUGGAGUAUGUAAAUGGUGGAGAUCUCAUGUUUCAAAUUCAGAGGGCGCGAAAAUUUGAUGAACCUCGGGCGAGGUUUUAUGCAGCUGAGGUGACAUUAGCGCUAAUGUUCCUGCAUAGGCAUGGCAUUAUAUACAGGUAUGUCUUUUUUUUUACAUUGGUUCUGUCAAUUAGGCUUAAGAUUUUGUGCCUGUUAAUGUGAUAAAAUCUUUAUGCAUUCAGUGUAUAUUACUGUAGUUUGUCUCCUUGCAAUGAACAGUUAUAUCCAAUUUACUAUGUUUGUAUCAAAAUCUGGAAAUAUUUCUCUUAUCUGUCAUGUCUUUUUCUUAAUGGAAACAUUUUUUAUGUGUUUGCCUAUAUUUUAAAAAUUUGAAACUUCCUGAAAUCUCGAGCAGAGCAUUACAAUUAUUAUUCUCUGCUGUUAAGUCAAUGAUGUUUCAGGAUUAACUAGACGUUUUCAGGAUUAACUAUACAUUUUCAGGAUUAACUAGAUGUUUUCAGGAUUAACUAGACGUUUUCAGGAUUAACUAGACGUUUUCAGGAUUAACUAGACGUUUUCAGGAUUAACUAGACGCUUUCAGGAUUAACUUUAGAUAUAUUUGGGGUGUUGUUGAAUUCAUGAAAUUCAACAUGAGAAAUUCAACAUGAGAAAUUCAACAUGAGCAAUUCAACAUUACCAAUCAAUACCCAAACUUUGUGCAUCUGUGAUAUACUUUGAGAUUUCAGUUUCUUCAGGAUUUCUUUGUUGUAAAAUGAAUGCUUUAACACAAACUUGUAUUAUUAAACACAGUCUAAGAGUGGAACUUUUCUCAUUAAUGAUUGUGAAAUCCAUUUCAGAGAUCUAAAAUUAGACAACAUAUUAUUAGAUGCUGAGGGUCACUGUAAAAUAGCUGACUUUGGGAUGUGCAAGGAGGGAAUGACAGAGGGCAAACUCACACAAACAUUUUGUGGGACACCAGAUUAUAUAGCACCUGAGGUAAUCAUGGCAUCAUUUUAUCAUCAUGGGAUUAUUUUAUAAUCUUGGGAUUAUUUCAUUUAUGAGUUACCGGUAUAUAUUAUUUUGAUUUUUUAAAAAUAUCUGUACUUACAACAGUCUUGUAAAUUACUGUACUUACUACAGUCUUGUAAAUUAAUGUACUUACAGUGCAGUCCUGUUAAUUACUGUAUUUACAAUUGUCUUGUAAAUUUUUUUACCAUAAAUCCAUGAACUUAAAACUUUUGUGCAUUAUUCAGUUCUUAAUUGCUAUUUAUUAUAAAUACCUAAAGAGAAUCUAUGAGGACUAAUUAUUUUUCAGAUAGAUCUUUUUUUAUUUAGAGCAAAGGAGGAUUGUCUGGAUUUUUACUUAUUUUGUAUUUAGUGUCUCACACUGAGCAUUUUUCCUGAACAGUAACAACACACUAUUUUAAACUUUGAAAAGAGUUAAUAGUUUAUUAUUUGUAUCCUAAACACAGUCAGCCUCAUGGAAGUGCAGAAGCCAACUCAAAUAUAAUAUAUUCACCACUAAAGUUGAUAUAUUCAUUCUUGUUCAGUUUUUAAUUUUUCAGUUUUGUUUAGGAAAGAUUCCAAUGUGUUUCUUGCGGUCCCACUACAACAAACAAACAAAAAUACAAACUUUUAAGGAAAUUGGUUAUUUACCAUUUUUCAUGUUGGGAAGAAUUUUUGUUAUUAAUGUUAUAAUGCAUUUCUUUUGUUAUAUCAAAGUCUAAAAUGUUGAACUCUUCUCACAGAUUUUACUAAAUGUUUUUGAAAUGUUCAUUCAGAUUUUACAAGAACUUGAAUAUGAUGCUAGUGUAGACUGGUGGGCUUUAGGAGUGCUAAUGUAUGAAAUGAUGGCUGGACAGCCUCCAUUUGAGGCAGACAAUGAAGAUGAUCUAUUUGAAUCUAUUCUCCAUGACGAUGUUCUAUAUCCUGUCUGGCUCAGCAAGGAGGCAGUAUCUAUACUCAAAGGGGUAAACGACUAAAUGAUGUAUUUUUAAUGCUUGCAUUUAAUUGGAUAGUGUUGGAUGACUCGAAUGAAUUUUUUUUUUAAGUUGAAUGGAUUUUCAACAUUAUUUUUGCACCUAUAUCUUGAUUCAGUGCUUGACAUUGACCUCUAAGUAAUGUAACAAGUGAUAUCAUUUAUGUUGUCAAAUGUAUUCUUUGUUGACCCUUUGUAAAGAAACUUAUGAUUUCUCUGUGACCAGUUCAUGACCAAGAAUCCUGCCAAGCGACUCGGCUGUGUUACUUCACAAGGAUGUGAAAAAGCCAUCCUUGUUCAUCCAUUUUUCCAUGAAAAAAUUGAUUGGGAAGCAUUAGAACAACGUAAAGUUAAGCCCCCUUUCAAGCCAAAAAUUGUAAGUAAAACUAUUUCUUAUAUGUUAAGUCAUCUUUUCUGGUGUAAGUAAAGCUAUUUGUUAUAUGUGAGGUUAUCUGUCUGGUGUAAGUAAAGCUAGUUCUUAUAUGUUAGGUCACCUGUUCUAGCCCUUGGUUACUGCACCAGAACAAUGUUAAGUCAUAUUUGUUCUGGCUCUUGGUUACCGUACCAGAACAAUAUUAAGUCCCCUGUUCUAGCUCUCGGUUACUGUACCAGAACAAUGUUGUCACCUUUUCUAGCUCUUGGUUACUGUACCAGAACAAUGUUAAGUCACCUGUUCUAGCUCUUGGUUACUGUACCAGAACAAUGUUAAGUCACCUGCUCUAGCUCUUGGUUACUGUACCAGAACAAUGUUAAAAGUCACCUGUUCUAGCUCUUGGUUACUGUACCAGAACAAUGUUAAGUUCUAGCUCUUGGUUACUGUACCAGAACAAUGUUAAGUCACCUGCUCUAGCUCUUGGUUACUGUACCAGAACAAUGUUAAAAGUCACCUGUUCUAGCUCUUGGUUACUGUACCAGAACAAUGUUAAGUCACCUGCUCUAGCUCUUGGUUACUGUACCAGAACAAGGAGGGUCAAGAGUUUAAGGGGAGGUGUGGGUGAGAAAUGGGCAAAAAUGUCAAAUUUUGGGUGAAAAAAUAUUAUGUAUUUGGUUUCAUUAACCAUUUCUUAAUUAAAUUUUUAUAAUUGUUUUUACAAAAUAAGUUAGAAAAUAUAAUUAAUAAAAAAUUUCCAGACCAUACCAAGCAGAAAAUUGUCAAAAUUGACCCACUGUGUUGUGCUUUUAGCCCUUUUGUAUGCUUAUUUGGAAUCGCCCAAUCCCAAUGUAUUUGGUAUGGUGCGAAGAUGGUGAUUUCCGGUUUCAGAAAAAUAUAGCUUUUCAUCAUAAAGAAAAUUACGAAAGCAACCAAACUUUUCAAUCGCCGGUCAUUUCUAGAAAAAUUUGGUAUUUUCCUGUUUUACUUUGUGUAUCACGUGAUCUGGCCCUAACCUUUAAAUAAAAUUUUGAUUGGUUCCUGAGAUGGAAAUCUGUUUUUAAUAACUACUUCCAUUGUAAACACAACGGUUUCUAACUUUCGUUAGGCCUAGCUAUUUGGAUAUAUUAGAUGUAAUUUGUCACAUAUAAAAACAUUUGAGGCGGUAAAAAAACUAAUCAUUAAAAAUUAAAUAAAUAACAAAAUGGGUUUGCUUUGAUUAAUUGCAUUGAGCAACACGAUUAAUUCUACUUCUCGUUCAUCGGAGAAGACUAAGACUGAGUACAAUAAAACUAAAGUCACUUCAACCACCGAUACGCUAUUUCACUAGCAGGAAGAAGAUAGAAAAAUACCAUGCCAAUAAUAAUGGUAAGUCUUACUUUAAAAAUAAAAUAUUUGUCACUUAUAUUAAAAAUUUAAUGUACUGUAUCAAUUAUUGAAUGAAGGUUUAAAUUAUUAUUCUACUUCUACUGGUCCUUACUAAUAAUAGUACUCAUUGUAAUUGUAAUUUAGUGUUAAUGACAGUACUAAAAAAAUAAUACCCAAUAGACGACAAUAUAGUAAUUGUGACAUUUGACUUACAUUAUCCUUUAUUUAUAGCUUUUAAAAUGAUAUUAUUUUUAAUUCCUUAUUUUUUUAAUAGUGGCACACAUUGUCAUUAGUGUUAUUUUAUUCUUAAGUAAAGUAAAAUAAGAGCCCUAACAAAUUUAGCUUGAAAUACUUGUCAACAAUGUCUAUCAUGCCAUUGAUGAGUUAGACCUAUAAUUUAUUAAUGUCCUUAGGAGUUAUAGCUUUUUUUGUUGGAUGGGAAACAUUUAUUAAAAAUAUCUAACUAAAAGUUUAUUGUUUUCAGGAAUGAUUGAGGAGACGCGCAAUGAGUUUGCGGAGCACAACAGAACAUAAAAUGCAUUAUAUUUCUUGUUGAUAAACUACUGAUCUGUUGUGCCUUAGUCCAUUUAGCCCAAAUGACAAUUUGUACAUGAGUUAAAUAUGGGUUGCCCUAAGUGUGUCUGCGAAAUGUUAGAUUCUUUGACGCAGCAUACGUUUGAUGUAUCAAAAUAAAAGUAACCUCAGGCAGAUAAAGCAAGAGAAGACUAAGACAGAUUACAUCACAAGGCUUAUUAUAUGUUAUUCAAGGGCAAAAAGAAUAAGACUGCAGUUGAAAAGAACAUAUCAAUAAUUUCCUUUCGUCAACAUUUGCAACACGAAUAGUGUUUAAAUUUGAUACCGUAUUUAAUUCGAUUUUACAGAGGAGUGAUCGCACAUCAGUUUUCUGGCUUACAAACACAAAAAAGAUGUUUAAUAUGCUUUUAGGAAAAAUACAUGUUGCAGUUCAAGUAAUUCAAAAGUUGAGAGAUAGAAAGCAGAAAAAUUACAACUCGUCGAACUUACAUUUUUUCUACAAGACCAAGAGUUGCAUUUUCUGCAUGCAUAGACAAUGCCAAAUAGCUCUUUGGAAUUGCAUUUUCACACAGCUUAAAUUGAUGGUUCUGCACAUAUUUAUAAUGCUGCAAUUCUCCAAAAUAAGCAAAUUAUUAUUUUUUUGGCUAUAAAAGAUAAAAAUACAUAAAUCACAGCGAAAAGUUGAGUGGCCAGGAAAAAAGACAAAAGGACCUGUUAAAGGAUAAUGUCCAAAUUAGGCUAAUAAAAUGUUUUCAGUCCAAUCUGAAUAUAAAUUUCUUGUUUUUCAUUGAUAUUUUGUUUUUGUUGUUUUUCUUCAUUAUUUCAGUUUACUCGUUUUCAAUAUUUUUAGUCACCAAUAUCCCUAUAACUGUUUUAGUUAUCCAAACCUCACCAAAUUUUCACAGUAUGUUCAGUGACCAAUAAGAAACAUUUGAUAAACUUAGAAUUAAGAUAACUCUCUUAGAAAAGAAAAUAUGUAAAAAAGAAUUCACCCACACCCCUGUUUUUUUUUUUUGAAAGGGGGGGUUUGAUUUUGCUUUAGAACUAGUUAUUAGAUGAAAAAGUCCUGUUGUACAAAGUUUUAUUCUUGGUGAAAUAAUCUAUGGUUAAAAUCUGAUGGCAAUAACUUAAGAUUUGUAAAAAAAUUAAAUUGCUGAGGUUUUUUUUGGUGUUAAAAAGGCAACCAAUGGAUUUAUUUUUAAAAACCUGUUUUGUACCUCCAUUACAAUACCAAAUAAGGUGUAGGAAAAAAAUAUUCUCAUAUGAAGUCAAACAAAAAUUUUAGAUUUUUCACCCACACCUCCCCUUAACAAGUUUUGUGGGGUUUAUGCCAUCAAGGAUAUCCAUCUAUUUUGCCCUGUGAUAAGCUUAUUUCAUUACCCCUUAAAAAUACUUAAAAUAUUGUUUUAGACCAGUUGCUGCCAUAACAUAAAGGUGGGUGUCUGCUGGACUAAUAUUAACUCUACAGUUAUUGGUGUGAAAAACCAGAGGCAGAUAUGUUAAAUAGAUUAAGACAGACCUGUUUACUCUUAUGAUUUUGGUGAUGUCCUUUACAAUUGUAUGCCGAGACCUGUCAGAAUUAGGAUUUUUAAGAGAAAAAAGGGGGGGGGGGGGGGGGGUCAAAAAAGCUCAUUGUCCAUACGCAUGGGAGAGUCCUGAAAAAAUACAGGGGGUGAGGGUUUAGAAAUGUUCACUUUUUUUGCACAUGUUCUAUAAAGAUGGCUCCUCCCAGCAUUUGUUUGCUUCAGUGCUGUAUGACGUAAUUUUGGGACAUAAUUUUUUUCAUAUGUUUGAACCGCGGCGAGUGCGGAAUCAGAGAAAACUAGACAACUUCCCCACAGCAACAUUAGAUUUUGACAUAUUUUAUAGAAUCUGAGGGGGGUCAUUGAAAUCUAAUUUUAGAAUAACCAAAACAGCUGUAGAAUUUCCCCUUCCUUUCACACAUGUACAGUGUACAGUUUUCGGUAGUUAUCAGACUGUAAUAUGUUAACGAGACACACGACUUUGCCUAAAAAAAUCUUAAUUUACUUUUUUUUUUUUUAAUGACGCCCUAAUUUGUUAGUUAAUUCUUACUUCAGUAAAUUUUAUUUGAUGCUUAUCUGAUUUAGAGUUUGAACCACAUUAAAUUUCACCAGUAAUUUUAUUUUUACUAGUCACAGACUAGUUCUGCCAGUUCAUCUAAAUAUUAAUUGAUAUCUAUAGCAGAUAGAUGCCUUCAAAACAAAGUGACACCAGAUCGCAAUAUAACCGUCAGUCAUCUACUUUUAGAAGUUACCUUUUUCUUAUGCCAGCUUAACUCGAUCCCGCCAGACACGCGAUGCGAGUAUUUAUUGUUUACAUUAUAUACACUGUAUGUUUAUCUACUAUUAAGAUCCCGGUAGUGUAUUGUACGAUAUUAAGAGUUUGAGGGUAAACAGGUCUGUUAAAAUGAAUUAAUAUUAGACAACAGGAUGCUGAAAAAUGACCCUUCGUGUCGUCUUUCCACAGAAAAACAAAACUGAUGCCAACAACUUUGAUCGUGACUUCACUUCGGAAGAUCCUGUUCUGACGCCGGUGGACCCGGCGGUCAUCAAAACUAUCAAUCAAGACGAGUUCCGGGGUUUCUCUUUCACCAACCCAGAUUAUGGCAAGCUGGAGAUGGAGGCCGGUGGUCAGGGCCACUGACCAAGCUUGACCGGCUGUCACAGCCAUGCUCAGAUGUAUGGACCAUGACUCGCCUGUGGCUGUGUCUAUUUCUUUUCUCUCAUUUCCUGGAUGGAGUUUUCUGUGUUAACUGUGAAUUCACAAUUUGGUAUGAUUCAGUGACUAAUAGUCUCCCUUGAAAUGACAACUUUUAAAAAAACAUUUUUUUUUAAUUGGCUGGUUUUUUUUUUUUUUAACAAACAAAACACUCACUUUUUGGAUUUGUAUGUUGAAUAUUGACAAUUCUUAGGUCCAUACUUGAUAUAGUUUUGUUGCAUUUAAUGGUUCAUCAUUGACUGUUCCUGCACUAUGUGUCAUCUGUUGUUUGUUUCUUUCAAGUCAUUCACUCUUCAAAGUAGACUUAGAAGGAGCAAAUUAUUUUCCCUUCACCAACAACAAAAAGUGAUAUUCAAUUUUUUUUCUAAAGUUCACCAGGUCCAGGCGUACACAUUUAAUGUAUGCCCCGCAGCUCACGUGACUGGAACGGUUUAGCAUGCAAGUAAUUUGAUGGACUGGAUUGCGUUUUGUGUUUUAGUUUUGUAUUUCUUUUACUCCCCACUCAUCUAACUGAUGGCACUGUGUUAAUUAUUUAUUGUUGAUAAUUAUAACUAUUUUUUUUGUUUCGUACUUCCAAAAAAAAAAUUAAAACUCCUAAGCACUGUGUGUAGGGCUAAACCUUUCCCUAGUAGAUGAAUGUGUUUAUUUUGUCCAAACAACAAACUGCCACACCAUUGAUUUCUUUAAGAUGUAGUUCUGCUCAAGUUGACUGUUGUCUUUACAUGCGAUUUCAAAGUUAUGAAGGCUCAUUUGAAAAUGAGCUCUUAUAAGUCUAUCAAUUUUAUACACAUUUUCUUUUAAUUGCUGUAAAAGAUAGUGUUUUUUAAUUAUGGUUUUGUCAUUUAGUAAUGGUGUUUUUGUUUACCGGAGGAAUGAAUCUCAAGACAAUCUAUCUGGAGUUGGGGAAAAUUUGAAUCAUCUGGAAUUUAGAGGGAGA